GCUACAAUGAGCAGCUUUUUAGACUACUCGGUGAUGAGCGGUGAAGGUGGCUCAUGCUCUGUCAGGGCUUUUCACUCGGACCACGGGAUUACAACUUUUCAGUCCUGCGCGGUUUCUGUCAACAACUGCGGGGCGGAUGACCGUUUCAUGGCGAGCAGGGCUUCCCCUGACGGUAUCCCUCACCAGCCGGGGUCAUACCAGUCUACUGCAAGCUCUCUGGGUCUCGCUUAUGGGGCCCACCCGGCCUGUAGCUCCAGCUAUGGACCCCAAAGUUUCUGUACUAGUUACAACCAUUACGCGCUCAACCAGGAAGUAGACUCCACAGCGGGAUUCCCACAAUGCGGCCCUCUGAUGUACUCGGGUAACAUUUCCUCCUCCAUGGUCCCUCAGCAUCGCCAAGGUUACAGUGCCGCCCCCCUGGGUCAGCUGCAGUAUGCCCAUGCAGCCUAUGGCGGCGGGCAUGAGCAAGCAACCCCCUUUCCUGGGUGCUCAAACCCGCUGUCACCACUGCACGCAGCUCACCUGGAGGCAUGCUGUUCACCUCUAUCUGAGGGCGCCUCCUCUGCACAAACUUUCGACUGGAUGAAAGUCAAGAGGAACCCACCAAAGACAGGAAGGUCUGGGGAGUACGGUUAUGGGGGUCAGCCGAACACGGUCCGGACCAACUUCACCACCAAGCAGCUGACGGAGCUGGAGAAGGAGUUCCACUUCAACAAGUACCUGACCCGGGCGCGGCGCGUAGAGAUUGCGGCUGCGCUCCAGCUGAAUGAGACUCAGGUGAAAAUCUGGUUCCAGAACCGGAGGAUGAAGCAGAAGAAGCGAGAGAAGGAAGGGCUGCUCCCGGCCAAAGCUCCAUCUUCCGACCCGGGAGAGAGUGUUCAAGAGAAAAUGGACGAUGCAGCAUCAGAAAAGUCUAUCUCAGCCCCCUCUACUCCAUCACCUUCAUCCUCCAUGGUGUCUUCUACGGGGGCUGAUCCUUACUCCUCCAAUUAAGAAUCAACUGCCUAUUUACCUCUUUGGGCCACAGGUGGCCUGUAUAUACCAAAGAUAA